AGCGGCCGCAGCAGAGGCACCGCGGGAGGCGGGCGGGGAGGGGUAGGGGUCCGCGAGCGGGGGUGGAGGGGCUGGAGGAGGGCUUCGAGGGGCGCGGCAGCCCCGCCCCGCUCCCUUGCCUCCGCCUCGGAACCGAGGAGCCGGGGAGCUUGGACCAAAGCCCGCCGUUCUGGCACCAUGACGCUUGGCCGCCUUGUGGCGGCUCUGGUCUUAGGGGCGCUCCCCGAAGUGGUCAGCUUUGAUCCGGUGCUCAGUUACCCGCCCCACCAACGCCAUCGCGGCUCACCCCCUCCGGGUCCCCGGCACCCUUACUCCCUUCCUAUGCCGCAGCGGCACCAGAGGACGCCUCCGCCGGCCGCCCUCCCGCGCGUCCCACGCCCCCCGUCCGCGCUCCCCGCCCGUCGCCUGGCCGCCCUCCACGCGGGGCACCGGCCAGGGCCGCUCCCCGGGGGCUGCCCCUCCGGCGAGCGCUGGGUCGACGUGACGGACUUCGGCGCCCCUUGUCUGCGCUGGGCGGAGGUGCCACCCUUCCUCGAGCGGUCGCCCCCGACGAGCUGGGCUCAGCUGCGAGGGCAGCGCCACAACUUUUGCCGGAGCCCGGACGGCGCGGGCAGACCCUGGUGCUUCUACAGGGGCGCUCACGGCAGGGUGGACUGGGGCUACUGCGACUGCAGGCACGGAUCCGUAUGACUUCACGGUGGCAAAGAUGAGUUUGAAGGCACAGUGGUGAUAUAUGCAAAUGGAAUUUGGGGCACAGUCUGUAGCAGCCACUGGGAUGAUUCUGAUGCAUCAGUCAUUUGUCGCCAGCUGCAGCUGGGAGGCAAAGGAGUAGCAAAACACACGCCCUUUUCUGGACUGGGCCUUAUUCCUAUUUAUUGGAGCAAUGUCCGUUGCCGAGGAGAUGAAGAAAAUAUACUGCUUUGUGAAAAAGACAUCUGGCAGGGUCGGGUGUGUCCUCAGAAGAUGGCAGCUGCUGUCACGUGUAUCUUUUCCCAUGGCCCAGCAUUCCCCAUCAUCCGCCUUGCUGGCGGGAGCAGCGUGCAUGAAGGCCGAGUGGAGCUCUACCAUGCUGGUCAGUGGGGGACCAUCUGUGAUGACCAGUGGGAUGAUGCGGAUGCAGAAGUGAUCUGCAGGCAGCUGGGCCUGAGUGGCAUUGCCAAAGCAUGGAAUCAGGCAUAUUUUGGGGAAGGAUCUGGUCCAGUGAUGCUGGAUGAAGUACGUUGCACUGGGAAUGAGCUUUCUAUUGAGCAAUGUUCAAAGCGUUCCUGGGGAGAGCAUAACUGUGACCACAAGGAAGAUGCUGGAGUGUCCUGUACCCCUCUAACAGAUGGGGUCAUCAGACUUGCAGGUGGUGAUGGCCGCCACGAGGGUCGCCUGGAGGUGUAUUAUGGCGGGCAGUGGGGAACUGUCUGUGAUGAUGGUUGGACUGAGCUGAAUACAUACGUGGUUUGCCGGCAGCUGGGGUUUAAGUAUGGCAGACAAGCCUCUGCAAGCCACUUUGAGGAAAGCGUGGGGCCCAUAUGGUUGGAUGAUGUCCGCUGCUCAGGCAAGGAAACCAGUGUCCUUCAGUGUUCCCGGAGACAGUGGGGGAGGCAUGACUGCAGCCAUCGGGAAGACGUUGGUAUCAACUGCUACCCUAGUGGCGAUGGGCAGAGACUCUCUUUGGGUUUUCCUAUCAGACUGAUGGAUGGAGAAAAUAAGAAAGAAGGACGAGUGGAGGUUUUUAUCAACGGCCAGUGGGGAACAAUUUGUGAUGAUGGGUGGAGUGAUAAAGAUGCAGCUGUGAUCUGUCGCCAGCUUGGCUACAAGGGUCCUGCCAGAGCAAGAACCAUGGCUUAUUUUGGGGAAGGAAAAGGACCCAUCCAUGUGGAUAAUGUGAAGUGCACAGGAAAUGAGAGGUCCCUGGCUGACUGUAUCAAAAAGGAUAUUGGAAGACACAACUGCCGCCACAGUGAAGAUGCAGGAGUUAUUUGUGAUUAUUUUGGUAAGAAAACAUCAGGUAACAGUAAUAAAGAGUCCCUCUCAUCCGUUUGUGGUUUGAGAUUACUGCACCGUCGGCAGAAGCGGAUCAUUGGUGGGAAAAAUUCUUUGAGGGGUGGCUGGCCUUGGCAAGUGUCCCUUCGACUGAAGUCACGCCAUGGAGAUGGCAGGCUCCUCUGUGGGGCCACACUCCUGAGCAGCUGCUGGGUCCUUACAGCAGCACACUGCUUCAAGAGGUAUGGGAACAGCACUAGGAGCUAUGCCAUUCGAGUUGGGGAUUAUCAUACUCUGGUGCCAGAGGAAUUUGAAGAAGAACUUGGAGUUGAACAGAUCGUUAUUCACCAGGAUUAUCGACCUGACAUCAGUGACUAUGAUAUCGCCCUGGUUAGGUUACAGGGACCAGAAGAGCAAUGUGCCAGGUUCAGCAGUCAUGUUUUGCCAGCCUGUUUGCCAUUCCGGAGAGAAAAGCCUCAGAGAACAGCGUCCAACUGUUACAUAACGGGAUGGGGAGAUACAGGACGAGCCUUUUCAAGAACCCUACAACAAGCAGCCAUACCUUUACUUCCCAAGAGGUUCUGUGAAGAACGUUAUAAGGGUCGGUUUACAGGAAGGAUGCUCUGUGCUGGAAAUCUCCAUGAACACAAACGUGUGGACAGCUGCCAAGGAGACAGCGGAGGACCCCUCAUGUGUGUUCGGCCAGGAGAGAGCUGGGUUGUAUAUGGGGUGACCUCCUGGGGGUAUGGCUGUGGAGUCAAGAACUCACCUGGUGUUUAUACUAAAGUCUCUGCUUUCGUACCUUGGAUAAAAAGUGUCACCAAAUUGUAAUUCAUGGACACCUAAAGGAAAACUAUGUAAAGAUUCUGGUGGAAAAAUUUCAACCUCCACACUAGCACUUAAGCAGAGAUGCUAACUGAUGGGGACUGAGACCCAUGUUUCAUGUUGUGAUAAAAAUUGUGUACGCCUUUGCUGCUUGAGAAAUUUGUGAUGUGAACAAUUUUGGUUAGAUACUUGGUGUAGUACUUUUUAUCCUUAAUUAGCAUUGCUGCUUUCCCAGAUUGGUGUCCUGAGACUUAAAUUCCUUAUUCCCAUUUGAGCCUUAACUUAGCUCUUCUGCCUAUUUGUCAGCAUUCUCCAGUGAUUUUUUUAUAUUGCUUGUGCAAUAAGGCUGUUUUUACACUUGGAUUGAGAAUGCCAUAACUCAAUCAGUAUAUGAAUUCAUAUUAAAUGCCCACUUGACAUAAAAUACUCAUUACUACACUCAAAAUAAGAGCAGCAUUGUGUAAUUUCUAAGAUUUUUUUCAGAAGGCUGACAAGACAUCUUCACAGUCUCUAUAGCCUUUGUUAAGUGAGGAACUCAGGGCCAAAAAAGAAAAGGAAUUCCAUUAUAAACCUAGGCUGGUUUAAUAGUCACAGUACAUUCCCUAAAUGAAGCUGUUGUAGCCAAGCACAAUGGCAACAAUGACAAAGAACACCUUUUAGUUUACCUUGUAUGCCACUAGAAAAGUUUGGAGUAAUUCCUGAUAUAGUAAUGCCUUCAAGUUGCUGGAUGUACAACCUCAUUUUCUACCUUACUUGUUAAUAUUAUCUGCUUUGAUUAUUUAAUAACCACUUCAGAUAUUUAAGUUGGUAGACUCUUCUUAGCAUCGUGCUCCUUUUCUGGGCCAGGAUGUUAAAAGAGUGCCAUGUACUGCAACUCUCUGGUAACUAACAUGAACCUGUUGAUUUCCUGACUAUCCCCAUACAGUCGUAUCUUACAAAAAUGCACUAUUAAAAAUUCUUCCCCCAACUAUACAGUGGGAAGGAAAAUGCUCUAAAAUAACCUGUUUCAACCAAUUUGAUUCAUACACCAGUUUGUAUAUCCAAGUGAUAGAUGAAUCAAGAGGUAAAGAGGUCAGUGUGAACUUAACGGUAGCAAUCCUUGUAAAUAGCUAAGUCAUCACGGAGGGACUUUACCCCUUUCCCUUCUGCAUCAAAUUCUUUUUUAAAUCCUCAGCUUUCUUAAAAACUGGUGCUAACCUAAAGGUGUUUCGAAGUUUACUACCCUGCAUAACUGCAAUGCUGUGUCAGGCAGAAAGCAUUAAAACUUUUCUAAAAACUCAUGAUUUUGAUAAAGGAGAAACUUUUCAAGCAUUUACAUCUAUAGGAUACAGCUACAGACAGUGCACAUUUGUUCAAAGGUGUGGGAAAAAAGUGCAAUAAAGCCAAGAAAACCUAUCUUUACUGAAACUUUCUCACAGGCCACCAUUACAAUUAGUGUGAAUGAAAGCAACAUAGAUAUUUAAAUUUUAACUAGACCUGAUAAUGGGAAACUUAAAGGACAGUAAUAGGUGGCCUUAAACCUCUGAGGAUAGGGUUCAUGAAAUAGCGUUUAUGAUAGCUAACUUUGUUAAUAUGUGAUUUUUUAAAGGUAACAAGUGUUCAGUGCACAUUUGCGUAA